UAUCAUUGUAGUUUAUAUUUCAACAUGGUAUAAGAGCCUUCCAUUUUAGUUUAGUUUUUCAGAUUUGAGUUUGAUUUUAGACUGAAUUCUCAAGAACCUGAGUUCAGUCUUUAGAUUAUUCAGAACAUUCAGACACUGGUCUGUCUCCAAAUUCUUCUUCAGGGUUUUCAGUUUUCAGAUUCUUCAGGAACUUGUGUUCAGUUUUUCAGAUUCUUCAGAACCUCAAGACAGAUCCUCUACAGAACCUCUAUUCAGAACCUUUCAGAACCUUAGUACAGUCCAAAUCCCCCAUCUCCUCCAGACCCGACCAUAUUCCAGGCGAGCUUCAGUCAAUUACCUAUCUCGCCUCUAUUCUGAUGCGUUGCCAUCAGAUCAAUAGAUCACCAGCUAAUCUGAUUGUGCUCCAACGUCGCCGGCCGUUCAUAAAUAUCGCCUCGACUUCCCGACGCAGUUGAGCUUGGACCAUCUCAGCCUCACCAGCUAGCUCUGCCAUCGCCUCUACCCCAGGGAAAUUAGGGGCAAAACCGAGCAAUACUCCCAUGAUUCCCAAUGUGCAGCUCACUCAUGAAGGCAUGCCAUUUGAAGAUCCAGAAAGAUAUAGAAGAUGCUGAUUGGGCUGGAUCUAAAGAUGAUAGAAGAUCCACAUCUGGCUAUUGCGUCUUUGUUGGUGGUAAUAUCCUUUCUUGGAAAAGUAAGAAGCAGAAUAUGGUUUAUCGUUCGAGUGCUGAAUCAGAAUAUCGGGCUAUGGCACAAUCGGCUUGUGAGAUAAUAUGGAUAAACCAUUUAUUGAGUGAAAUCGGAUUGAAGACACCAAUGCCUGCUAAACUCUGGUGUGAUAACCAAGCUGCUAUACACAUUGCCAACAACCCAGUGUUUCAUGAGAGAACAAAACGUAUUGAGGUUGAUUGUCACUUUGUUCGAGAAAAAAUACAACAAGGAUUGAUCUCAACAGGAUAUGUGAAAACUGGAGAGCAGCUUGGAGAUUUGUUCAUUAAAGCACUAAAUGGAAUUCAUGUUGGUUAUUUAUG